AUGCUGCCCUCCUGGCUAAGCCCCUUGAUCCUCACGGCCUACAUUAUCAUCUUCCUCACUGGUCUCCCUGCCAACCUCCUGGCCCUGCGGGCCUUCGUCGGGCGCGUCCGCCAGCCCCAGCCAGCGCCUGUGCACAUCCUCCUGCUCAGCCUGACACUGGCGGACCUCCUGCUGCUGCUGCUGCUGCCCUUCAAGAUCAUUGAGGCCGCCUACAACUUCUACUGGUAUCUGCCUGACAUAGUCUGCGCCCUCACAGGUUUCGGCUUCUACAGCAGCAUCUACUGCAGCACGUGGCUCCUGGCGGGCAUCAGCGUGGAGCGCUACCUGGGAGUGGCUUUCCCUGUGCAGUACAAGCUCUCCCGCCGGCCUGUGUAUGGGAUCAUUGCUGCCCUGGUGGCCUGGAUCAUGUCCUUUGGUCACUGCAGCAUCGUGAUCAUUGUGCAGUACUUGAACUCAACCCAGCCGGUCAGAAGUGUCAACGACACUACCUGCUACGAGAACUUCACCCAGGAUCAGCUGAGCUUGGUGCUGCCCGUGCGGCUGGAGCUGUGCCUGGUGCUCUUCUUCAUCCCCAUGGCCGUCACUGUCUUCUGCUACUGGCGCUUCGUGCGGAUCAUGCUCUCUCAGCCCCACGUGGGCGCCCAGAGGAGGCGCCGGGCUGUGGGGCUGGCUAUUGUGACGCUCCUCAAUUUCCUAGUGUGUUUCGGGCCUUACAACGUGUCCCACCUGGUGGGGUUUCACAUGAAACAAAGCCCCUCAUGGCGGGCGAUAGCCGUGGUGUUCAGCUCCCUCAAUGCCAGUCUGGACCCCGUGCUUUUCUACUUCUCUUCUGCAGCAGUGCGCAGGACCUUCGGGAAAGGGCUGCAGGUGCUGCGGAGGCAGGGCUCCUCGCUGCUGGGACGCAGAGGCAAAGAGACUGCAGAGGUGACCAAUGCAGACAAGGGUGUGAGCCAGACAGACGGGGCGCCCAGUUCAGACUUCACCACGGACUAG